AUGGCUGCUAAAUUAGUUGGGUUACCUGUCGACGUGGAAAUAGUUGAUUUAUUCAAGAAAGAGCAGCUUAAAGAAAGUUUUAUAAAGAAAAAUCCGCAACAUUGCGUGCCUACACUAGACGACGAUGGGUUCAUUUUGUGGGAAAGUCGUGCUAUAGCUUGUUACUUAGCAGAUAAGUAUGGGAAAGAUGAUACUAUAUAUCCAAAAGACUUAAAAAAGCGAGCAUUAGUGCAUCAGAGAUUACAUUUUGAUAGUUCAUCCCUUUAUGUGAAGAUAAGAGCAAUUUGUUAUCCAAUACUGUAUCUUGGUGUGACAUCAAUAUCUGAUGUAUUAAAGGAUGAUUUAAAUAAUACACUUAGAUUUCUUGAUAAGUUCUUGGAGAACUCAAAAUGGGUAGCAGGCAAUAAUUGCACAAUUGCAGAUACUUCUAUUUAUGCUUCUGUAUCUGCUAUUAUGGCAGUGGGAUGGGAUAUAUCUCAAUUCUCAAAUAUCCAGCGAUGGCUAAAGGAAUGUUCAAGCCUGCCUGGUUAUGAAGAAAGCGAAGAAGGAGCUAAACGUUUUGGUGAAGCUGUAAGGAAAAAUAUCAAA